UUAGGUGAAGAAGUGGUGAUAAUAUGCAGUUUGCAUUUGCCUGGCGCCAGCUUGACUGGCCCCUGGUAUCUGACUGCCUGUCUUAAAGCUGCAGUGCCUCCUUUUCCAAAACUGGAUCUUUAUGGCAAGUGAGGUUUUUCUCCUUUUAUAAACACGUUUCUGAAACUUGCAAAACCUGUACAGGAGGAGAAGAACCAGCUAUCUGAGCCUGAAUGUCUUGGUUUUCAUGAGUUUUUCCCUUCCCCAGUAAUAUAAUUCAAUUAGAUCUGGAACCGAGUAAGAGUCCAGGAAAAUUUUCUUGGAUGCAAGUUGUAAUAGUCUCAAACUCGUAAGCCUGUUUGUGAGAGGGCAGGGGGCUGCUUACAUGGCCCCCUCCUGAUUCUUUUCUGUGUCCUUUUAACGGGGGGGGGGGCUCAAAGACCCUAAAGCUUUCCUUCAUUUUUUUUUCUAACACCAAUUUUUCUUGUUACGCUCUGAAUUCAGCCUUUUGUAUCUUUCCUAUUGGGAGUUGAUAGAAUUCUUUCUCUUGACUAUUACUGGAACACCAGAUACCGUGGUCCUUGUAAUAGAUGCACAGAAACUCGAGAGGAAAGUUCUGGCUGUCUUUAGCGUUGCUGGACAUGUCCGGAGGAAGUGUUGCUUUGCCAAAAAAGUGACAGGGUUGUUAGGAAUGUUUCUGCUUCAGAGUUAAACCAGUUUUGUUUGGUAGUCAGUUGUGACUAUUUGGGUUCCCUACCAAGCUCUGGGUUCACACAAUGCAGUAAUGCAUGGUUUGCUGAAUUAGCUAGAUUGCAAAGAUUCUUAAAACACCUGAACCAUCAGUCAAACACGUUGGUUGGAUUUGCACAACACACUGAUCCUCUAGCCCAGUACGUUUUAGGUUGUGUGUGGUGCAAAGCCAGCCCUUGAAUGUGUAGCCCUUUGAAUUAGCUUAAGGCUCUUGGAACCGUAGGCCACAAUUACAGGUCUCUUUGGGGCUCUUGAAAGGAGGGAAAAUGGCACUAACCAAACCACGGUGCAGUUUGUUUGGCCUGGAUUUUGUGCAUUGCCCAAACUAAGACUCUGUAUCUGAUGAACCAUGGCUUGGUAUAGCAUUUACUGGUUGAAAACAAUGUCAGUAUUAAAACGCUCUGCAUUCUGUGAACCCAGACUUGCACUGCUGGGGAACAUUGUCUUGUGAGGAAGCUACUUUGAAAUCAACAAACGCCUUCAUAGGUCUGUAGUUUUCCAGGCAUGUUGGUGAGAAAGUUCUAAAUUCAGGGACUGCCUUUUCAGCUGACAAGGGGAACACUAACUACAGGGUAGUUCAUAUUCCUUGUGAGGACCGGACCCGCAGUUGGCCAACCAAAAUCUUGUUGCGUUUGAUGGGAUUAUUCUAAAAUAAAUGAACUUGAAGAUUGUAACUGGUAGAUUCUUUAAGGUGUACCUGAUGGUUGGAUUCACACAACACGCUAAGCCUCUGUAACAGAUUUGUCCUAUGCAUUGCACAAGGGACAAGUAAAGCACUUAUUUGUGCCACACCAUCUUAUGGUUGAACAUGAUGGUCUGGUUGACAUGACAUGCUAAGACAAUGUUAGGGUUCCUAGAAAGACUGACCCGUGGACCACCCUCCCUCAAUGUAGUCAAGUCUAAAGUGUUGGGUCAACCAAACAUGUAUACCUUGAUAGAGGGUUAGUUGUGGCCCGUGGGAAGUCUUCCAGUCAUGAAACUUGCAUUCAUCUAAGACCUGCAGCUUGAUUUCCAGCUCCUUGGCAAAGGAACUUGUCUGUGGCUUUCUGUCAACUCUAGUACCUUUUCCAAGUCAUACAUGUGAGCUUCUAAUCAAUAUUCUACCCUUUGUUCAAAGUAAAAGUGACUUCAUUGGGGUGGUAACCAACUUUUUGAAAACUUGGAUGAUGUUCAUUUGCCUCUUCUUUUUUUCAGAAUCACCACCCCCUCCUUAUUCCCGGCUGUCUCCAAAGGAUGAGCAAAAGCCAUUGGAUCUUUCAGAUUCCACAUUGUCCUACACUGAAACGGAGGCUACGAAUUCACCCAACAUCAUCCCUGGAGACUUUUCAGAUGCCAGCGUGUCGCCUGAUGCUGUGAAGCACAGCCACUGGUGCAGCGUCGCCUACUGGGAACACCGGACGCGGGUCGGACGCCUCUACACAGUGUACGAACAGUCUGUCAGUAUCUUUUAUGACCUACCUCAAGGAAACGGCUUCUGCCUCGGACAGCUCAACCUGGAGAAUAGGAACGAGACGGUCCAGAGGACUCGGAGUAAGAUUGGAUACGGGAUUUUGCUCAGCAAAGAAGCGGAUGGCGUGUGGGCUUACAACCGAAGCGAACACCCGAUCUUUGUCAAUUCCCCAACACUGGACAUUCCCAGCUGUCGAACCUUAAUCGUGCGCAAAGUGAUGCCUGGGUAUUCGAUAAAGGUCUUUGACUAUGAGAAAUCUUGCCUCUUGAAGCAAACCACUGACUUAGAGUAUCCAGAUGGGCCGUACGACCCCAACAGUGUCCGGAUCAGCUUUGCGAAAGGCUGGGGUCCCUGCUAUUCCAGGCAGUUUAUCACCUCUUGUCCCUGUUGGCUAGAAAUUUUGCUCAACGCGAACAACAGGUAGCUGUUGGAUGCUGAGGAGCGAAGCCCAAGGACCCCAAAUAUCAUCUACCUAGAUUUUAAUAUAAAGUUUUAUAUAUAUUAUAUGAAAAUAUAUAUUAUACUUGUAAUUAUGGAGUCAUUUUUACAAUGUCAUUAUUUAUGUACGGUGCAAUGUGUAUAUGGACAAAAAAUGGAAAAUGCACUUUGGCUAAAAGUCUUUCAGUACUACAGUUUUUUUAAAAAAAGGAUGGAAAAAAUAUACAGCAAAUAUUGGAGUAAUGCCAGAGUUUUGGCUGUAUAGUUUUUUAAUAGUAAUACCCAGGCCAAAAGCUAGUACCAGUUGCUCAUUGAUAAUAAACUAUUUGCAUUAUAGGUGCCCCCAGUGUCUUGUUUUUUGUU